CGCCCGGUUGAGUUUUCCUCUUUGUUUCACUGACCGUCGCCUGGGCGUCGUCUCUCCGACGACGCGGGCCGGAAUUUUCUGCCGCCUCCACCUCACCAAGCAUACGAUCUCGUCUUCUGGCGUUUCUCUUCCUCAGCUGAUCUCCCGCAAGUCUUCCCAUCUCGCUCCUCUGUCCCAAUUCUCCAUUCCUGUCUCCGCGAUAUCCGUUUUCUCUACGGCAAUGGCGUUGUAAUUUCUACCUUCUCAUUCUCUCUGGUGGUCGUCGACUUCGCUGUGUAUCGGUUCUUCCGUCGAGUUAAAAAAGUUGCAGACAUGGCUGUCAAAAUUACCGCGGCCUAUUCCGGCUACAUCACGCAGUCGCUCGCCGGAAUAAGGUCGGCUAAACCUAGGUUUUUCAACGACUGCUGCCUGUCGAAGGUCCUACUUUCGAAGCGGAGGGCAGAUCUUGAGCCCCCAUCGAUCGGAGCUUCCGGUGUGAGCAACCCAUAUCGUGUUAGGGCGGGCCGGAAUUACGGGUGCAUCGCCGCUGCUGAUAUUCUUCCGGAGAAGUGCAGCUCUAGGUUUUUUGUUGGAUUGAUUUCUGUCAUGAAUUCCUCGAGGAUUUCUUGCUACAGUUCGUCACGUGUGGGUGUACUUGGGGCGUCAUCUGGGUUGAAUUCGAUCAUUCCCUUCUUCAAGUGGCUCCCCUGCAACGAGCUUUUUCAGGGCUCUCCACUUUCGGCGUGCGCAAGUAAUAGUGAUUGUGAGAAAGAUAGCGCCGCUGCGGACGAGAAACUGAAGGACUCAGACAAGAACAUGGCAGGGAGCACGAAGCCACUGAGUUGGUUUCAACAGUGGGCGAAUUUCAGCUCGGAAGAUGCGAAGUUGCUUUUCACGACGGUGACCGUGUCGCUUCUUUUCCAGUCAUAUAUGGCGGACACAAAAAUCAUCCCGUCGCGGUCAAUGUAUCCCACGUUUGAUGCGGGAGACCGUAUAUUAGCCGAGAAGGUAUCCUACUGUCUCACAAAGCCAAAGGUUGCUGAUAUAGUGAUAUUUAAGGCUCCCGCUGUCUUACAGGCAAGCGGUGUCAGCCCUACAGAGGAAUUUGUGAAAAGAGUAGUUGCUACCGAAGGGGACUUUGUGGAGAUAAGGAAUGGAAACUUGUUGGUGAAUGGCAUUGUUCAGGAAGAAGAUUACGUAUUCGAGCCUCUAAAAUAUGAAAUGGAUGAAGUGAGAGUACCGAAAGGGUAUGUAUUCGUGCUGGGGGAUAAUCGCAACCACAGCUUUGAUUCGCAUGACUGGGGUCCACUUCCUGUAAAGGACAUUGUCGGGAGGUCUGUACUUCGUUAUUGGCCAACAUCUAAAAUAUCAUACACCAUUUACGAGCCAAGGAAGCAACAGCUUGUACCUGUGCUCAUCUGACAACCAAGUUUUUCUCGAGUUGCAGAAAGAACUUCCUUUUGCAUAUUUAUUUGGCUUGCAGUUUUCCUUUGAGACUGAAAUUUGUUGGGAAAUAUAAAUACUUUAAUCCCUCUUUCUGUAUGUUUCUAUUUCAUAAGGACAGCAGCUUUGGUGAUGCCUUGCAUCUCAUCUUCAAUGUAUUAACGUUUGAGUGGAACUUGUAGAUACCCUCUAUAAAAACAGCCAACAGGUGUAUAGCUUUAUCUGUGGCAUUUCCUCCUCUGGGGCCAAA